UUUGUUACUUUUUGCAGGGAGUUUACCUUGAAAGAGAGCUUUUGGUUCGCGCUCACUUCUUUUACGCCUCAAGGUGGCGGCGAGGCUCCAAAAGCUCUAUCUGGAAGAACGUUAGUGGCCGCCUAUUGGCUGUUUGUCGUUUUAAUGCUGGCCACUUUCACUGCGAAUUUGGCUGCUUUUUUAACAGUCGAAAGAAUGCAGGCACCCGUUCAGUCCUUGGAACAACUUGCUAGACAGUCCCGGAUCAACUACACGGUUGUCCAGGGUUCUGAAACUCACAUGUAUUUCAUCAACAUGAAGUUUGCCGAAGACACACUGUACAGAAUGUGGAAGGAGUUGACGCUGAACGCAUCGACAGACGACACCCGGUAUAGAGUUUGGGAUUAUCCAAUCAGAGAACAGUAUGGGCACAUUUUACUGGCUAUAAACGACUCGAAUCCUGUGGCAAAUGCUUCGGAAGGAUUUCGAAUUACCAAUGAACAUUUAG